AGACAGUUUGGAUUAAAUGAAAGGGUUAUAUUAUUUAAAGAGCACUCUGGGUGUUGUAUUACACUGAAGUUUUGAUAUAAUUACCUUGUAAUCUAGGUAAUUCAUUCCUUUAAUUCUACCUCUAGCCCUAGAUUUUUUUCACGCGUAGGUUUUUCACUAGAGAUGGUCAUUGCUGUGCGUAUGAUGUAAACUGAGGUUGUUUAGCAUCCCAUGUUCUCAGAUUGAUGAUUUGUGCUAAUGUGAACACAACAAAGGACCUCGGAUUCCUCUAAAAUGGCCCACAAGUGAACCGUCUUCAGAGACGCUUCAUUUGGGGUUCAUUUUGUGGUCCACUUGAGAUCGUGUCUCGUGAAAACAAAGUUCUGCGUUUGUUUUUAUUUCUAAAUAGCUUGCUGCCCAAGUGAUAGAGACAUUGUGAAGAGUUGAGGAAACUACCGUGGUUAUGGAAUGGGAUCCCUGCUAAAAAACAAAAACAAAAAAAAAAACCCCAAACAAUUUAAACCAGCAAGAGAAUUUCUAAUAGUUUCCACUACAGAUAUCAUUACAAACCAUCAGCUGUUAACCAUUAACAUUACUGGUCAUUAGUGGUAUCCACCAGUAAGUAGAGACCCACAGGGACCAUUACAGUUUCCAUUAAAACCAAUACAAUUCUCAUUAUUACCAUUAAAACCAUUACAAAAUCUACAAGGGUUUUUAUUUAUUUACAUUUUUUUUUUCUUCAGGAUGUCUGACACACUUAUAAAGUUGUGAUUGUUAGGUGUCGGCAUAUUUCUGAUCAUAUAGUGUACAUAAAUAAAGGAAGGCUGGACGCUGAGGUGAUGAGGCCACGAUACACAAGCUAAUCGUGUAGCAGCUAGCUUUACGGUUUUAUUUCAAUGUUUUUUUUUUUUUUUUUCAGCGUGGAACACACGUUCUGUGGUUUGGAACGGGUUUGACAUUCUGAUAGGUGAAGAAAAAAAAAACGACACGGGAACUGAGUAAAAAAAAAAUGAAGCUGAAAGUAAACAAAAAUCAAAGCGCUUAUAUUGUAGGUAUUACGGUUGCCGUUGAGAGCGGGCGCCAUUUUAGCUCCCCUUCUACGGUGUUCAUUACGGUAACCGUUGCGCUCGUGCUGGAUUGUCGUUUGCCAAAUUGUGGUGCUGCGAUGUGAAAGAUUUCCUCAUAAAUAAACCGGGAACCGUGUUUUAUUGUUUCUGUCCCGAAACUACAAAGCUGAAUGAUGUUACAUGAUAUUUCUGGAGAAAGAGUCUGCGUGGGGUUAAUGAUCCGUUACGAAGAACCGGCUGUUUGAAAUUGGAUUCGGAAAAGGAUUUGGUUCUAACCUGUCCUGUUUGAGGUGCGGUCGAAUCGGGCAGGAAUUAAAGUAAAGCUGAGCGAAGCGUCUACCUCUUCCUCUCCACCAUGGCCUCCAAACAUCACCCUCCGCUCAUGAAGAAGCACAGUCAGACCGAUUUAGUGAGCCGCCUCAAGACUCGGAAAAUCCUGGGUGUCGGAGGAGAAGAUGAUGACGGAGAAGUUCACAGAUCAAAGAUCAGUCAGAUGUUGGGUAACGAAAUAAAGUUUGCUGUACGAGAACCCGUAGGCCUCAGAAUCUGGAUCUUCAUCUCUGCCGUUCUGUUCACAGCUACAGCUUUAGUGGCCCUGGCUUUCCCCAGUCAACUCUACGAGAUCGUCUUCGAGCUCGCCACCACUAGGAUCUCCAUCAGACUCUACGGAGGAGCUCUUCUGAGUAUCUCGUUAAUCCUGUGGAACGGCCUCUACACGGCAGAGAAAGUGAUCAUACAGUGGACUCUGCUCACUGAAGCGUGCUACCUGGGUGUGCAGUUCCUCGUGACGUCCGUCUCACUCCUGGAGAUGGGCACGCUGUCCAACGGAGCCGCUCUCCUCCUCCUCGUCGACGCCGUCCUCCUCCUCAUCACCCUGUUGUACUACAGUCAGCUCAGCCGUCGUUCCAAGAAGAUCUGAGACGCACCGACUCUCCUCUCUCUCUCUCUCUCUCUCUUUCUUUCUGUCUCUCUCUCUCUCUUUCUCUCUGUCUCUCUUUCUUUCUGUCUCUCUCUCUGUCUGUCUCUCUCUCUCUGUGUCUCUCUCUCUCUUUCUUUCUCUCUCUCUCUCUGUGUCUCUCUCUGUGUGUGUGUCUCUCUCUCUCUCUCUCUCUCUUUCUCUCUCUCUCUCUGUGUGUGAGAGAGAGAGAAUGCGAGUAUAAUACUGAGUGCACAUUACAGGAUUUGUCUUUCUGGACAUGUUUACAAGAUCAGUGACUCAUGGUCACAUGGGUGGCGUUGGUUUAUUUUGUUAUUACGCAAACGAAUCUUGAUAUUUAUUGCAUCUACGUGAAUUAGCUCGGGUGCUAAAUUAAAACGGAUCGGAACGGUUCAUCAUUUAGGCUCGGAUUAGCUUUCAUUAUUUAUUUUGUCGGAGUACAAAUAUAUAGGAAAAUACUACCAAAGAAUGAGAUCAUGAAGUUCUUUCUUUCUUUUUUACCCAAAGUUUAUAAAAAAUAAAGGAAAGGGCACAAGAACUAAACGUUUGGAACAAAAAUUUGGAUUUUUAACAUUGUCAGUUGCUUGGUGGAAUAAUAACGGCGUCUCAGAUGUCUCAUACAAGUUUAUCAGCAAGACUCGUUUGUUUAUUUGGAGUCGUGUCGGUGUAAGCGUUCUCGUUUCUGAACGGUUCCUCGGUGUAAAUGUAGCCGUAAUUUAGUCAUCUGAUAUUGAUAUUUUAUUAACAGUAACUUACGAAUAAAAACGGUUCUGCAUAAGUUAACCUUCUUAGAAACGUGAGUGAUUACAGCUGUCCAGCUCUCGCGAUCCCUACACUGGCUCUUCGGUCCCUCGGCUCCGAGCACGGUCUCUUUUUAGGACUAGCUCUUAAACACUAGACUACUGGCCUACUUCGACUUGUGCUUCAUCCAGCUCAGGGUUUCUGUACUAUAUGACACACAACCACGUGAAUUCGACCGAUACGAUGUCAUUUCACGCACAAGGCCUAAUAUCAGUGGUUAUAGACAACAUUUUUUCAUGUUUGUUGGUCUUGGGGACAUAAACAGAAUUAUUCGAGACCCCUGAUUAUUCACGUAGAUGCAAUAACAAGAAGCGCGUUAUAAGCUCUCUGGACCAAAAAAACAAAACAGACUCCGUCGUUAGCAGCGCUUUAUUGUCUGAUGUCGAUAGUUUGAGCACUUGGACGAAUGGACUCGCCAAACACAACACCGACUCUCCUAAGUUCCAGCAUGACGACUAAGGUGUGUAGGACAAGAUCCGUGUGCGAUUUGUUCAUGGAAACACUGACAGCGCUGUAAAAUCAGCAGCACUUUGAUUUUAUAGAGAACGCGUGGGAUUAUUUGGAAGUGAAGGAGUGAAAUACGGCAGAAACUUUUAGCUGAAUUGCACCCAGUCAGCCGACGAGGGGGGCCAAAACUUACAAGCACUCAAAACACUGUCGGCUUCCUGACUUUACAAAAAAAAAGCGAGAGAGCGAGAGAGACGGAACCAAGUAUUAAAGAAGGAUUUCUUUUUUCUUUCUUUCUUCCGAGGAACUUCUGAGACUGAACUCAAAGCUUUAAGCUGUGCAGUCAAUUUCAGACAGAUGCACUUCCUGUUUUAAUGUUUUUCUUUCUUUUUUUAAAUAAAUUGCAUAAUCCUGUACUGUGUGCUCAGUUUAUCCAGGCUGUUUUUACACUUGGCGUAUUUAUUUUUAACCCGCAGCGCAUGUUUGUCAUGCUAUCAGACAGGAAUCAGCUGCUUUUAAAAGGCGCUGAUGCUGCUGGGGGGUUUUUUUGGUCACAGUAGCGCUUCCACAAUCUCCUGACCAAUCCGACCACAAGCCAAGGGGCAAGACAGAAAAAAACAAACGAGUGCUGGUGAAAGAAUUAGUUAACGAGUCUCUCUUGAUUUCCUGCCUCCAAAGCUACAGCGAAGACAAACCACCUCCUCCUCCCCAGAGUUACGCUGACCCCUCUUUCGUCUGAUUACUGAGAAUAAUAAAUCUAAUCUACAGAGCAGGCCAGGCUUAACAACCCACCAAGUGUGAAAGAGAGCUCGGUUUGUGAACUGACUCGGCACGACAUUCCUGGUUUACUGUAGCCCUUCUGUCCGGACCGAACGGAAACCGGUUUGUGUAGCAGCUCGUCUCUCUGGACGCUCUCAGUUUCACGGUGUGACGGUGUGCAGAUACAGAGUGAGGAGUUUGGGAAUGUUGGGGAAUUUCCCUUUGGUCAGGGCUUCCUCAGGUGUUUUCCUCAGCAACACUUUCCAUUUUAGAGAUUUUCGUUUUCAGUAGUACGCUUCACUAGAAGUAUACAUGUGUAUAGCAGUUCCGCUAAAGCUGUGCUAUUAUCCAGCGUGUAGACUUCAGACCUGCCAACCUCUCACUCGCGCUCUCCGCCCUCUUCCCUCUUCCGCACACUGUUGUGAACUCUCGCUAUUGGCUAGUGUCGCCGUGAUUGACAGGGCUCAGAGCGAGUACGCCCCUCCCAUCCGGAGAGCGCGUCUCUAUCUCCGGACGGCAAGUCCAUCCCCCCGCUCAGAUGAACCGAUCGGUAAACGGAUCUGGAAUGACCGACAGCUGCGUAGAUGUUUCGAACUCUCUGAUGUUCACCGACAAUCUCGAAGCCCCGCCCACUUUUCUAUUAUCUUAAAUUCUCUGACGGUAGCUACAAUGGGAAUGUUUUGAGUUCGUUAAUGUGAAAUAAACUCUCUCUAUAUAUAAUAAACUCUCUAUCAGUGUGCGUUUGAAUUAGCUAACUUUAUACGUGUAUAUAGCUAACAUCGGCUACUAUAUUUAUUAGCGAUGAGAUCCGUAGUUUUUUUUCUUUUUUUUUUCUUUUUUUAAAUGAUUCAUUAGGCCAAAUCUAACACGUUACAAAUGAUUUAAUGCUAACGAUCAUUAGAAAGUGAUUAAAUACGUUGUUGUGGCAGUAUUUAAACGUCGUGGCCAAGCCCGUCACGAUAGCGUGUGUGUGUGUGUGUGUGUGUGUAUAUAUACACACACACACACACAGAGUGUUUUUGCGAUUUGGAGGGAAACAAAAACUGUUUGUCUGGUUUUUUAAUUCAAAUGUAAACACUUAAAGCACGUAACAUCGUUUUCCUAGAAUAGUUUCUACUCCAGUCACGUGACUUACUCGAGUAUGCAUCAUUCCUCUCUAAGGUUGGCAGGUUGAAACGUCAUUUGCGUCGGGAACGCAUCUAUCGUUACGGCGAAAUGAAUGACCCGUUGUGGUCGUUUUAAUUUUUUUAAAAACGGCAGAACGUCGCUUGUGGAUCAGUCAGAAAAUAACACCCGGACGCGGUCGGAUCUAGUUUUAAAGCACGGUUUGCUAAGGUAAGCUCAGAACGGUGUCGGCGUACGCCGAGUGCAGGUUCUGUGUGCUUUGGAAAUGGUUGUAGUAUUUGUAAAAGGAGUAUUACGUGCAUUAACUGAUGAGUAUUAAGAGUUUGUCCGUUUAUUUUCACCUGUAUUAAUCAGUAAGGAUAUUUCUGAUCGACGUAGAUCACGGAUCAGGAUAGAGCUUUGAUUUUGGGGUGAUAUAAACAUUGUUUAAUUUUAUUACAUUUUUUGGAGCUCGUGCUUACGUAGUCGUAGUGUAGCAGAUAACAGUACAAAUGUAGCAUUAACGAAAUCUAGGCUAUAAAUACAGCGAAUCGCGGGAAGAAAAAGGGUUUUUACAUUCGUGCUAUCCGUUAACUCUAAUCUAAACCUCAUUAAGAUCAACAUUAACACUUUCUCACCUUCAGCCUCGUGCUCUAACCCUUCUUACGUCCGUAUUUAUAUCCGUUCUACGAUAACCUGCUGCUCUUGGAGAGUUUUUUGGUUUUUUGCCUAGAAUUAUAAUCAUUACGAGCGUUCUACGUGACACAGACGGGUGGUAAAAACGUUCUGCUCUUGUUUUAGCUCGGUAUAAACCGAUAUCCGUGUUAUCUGGGCAAAUUAAAUGGUUACUGUUACUCGCACGAAUAACAGGACGGAAUUUAUGAAUAAAAAGCUGUAGUUUUUGUUCAUCGUUAUUUCUGGGGUUUUUUUACGAUUCACAGCCAUGGUUACUGAAUGCAUUACAUUUUUUUUUUAAAAAAACACGAUUUAUAUCAAGGUUGUUCCGGUUAUUAUUUAGCUAUCGUAAGAAAGGGGUUAAAUCUCAAGAACCGAAAGCAAGUAUAAAUGAUGUUAACUUUAAUCGAAGUACAAUUUUAAUAACCAGGAAGUGUUUCCACUGUGUUUCGAAUCUACGUGUGUGUGAAUAAAUCAGCAUGAUGGUACAUAUUUACAUUACUGUUGUUCAAAUGAAAUCUGUCCUGGGUCCUUGGAAGUGUCUUUUUUUGCUGAUCUGUCAGUGACUAAACUCGACACCAUGACGUCAGCAUAUUUUCAUUUCCGAACACGACGUGUGGUUCUUGUGUGUUGAAUUUGUUGUACAGUUGCUUUGCACGGUGACUCUUAGCAUCUUGAGCACAGUGUGCUUUCACAAAAACGACACGGCUCUUCCUCUUUACUCCUGAUUGCGUUGUGUGUUUCGUUUGGAAAGAUUAUGUACAUACGAGCAUACAUCCAGUUCUGUAUAUACUUUUGUAGCAAGAAUGUGAAGUGCUUAAGAAAUAAAUAUACAGUUUUGCAAAUGUC